AAGUGAAAACUUAAAAACACUUUAAUACAAUACAUCAAAAAUUUGUAGGAUAAUGUUUUCUCGUCACUCAAAUUUGGUCGUCCCUAAACAAACCUCCGUCGUAAACUUCCUGGCCACCAUGUCUCCGCCAUCCACCGCCGUUGUCUACGACCAACACGGCCCGCCCGACACCGUCACAAGAGUUACGAAGAUUCCACCGGUGGAGAUGAAUGAGAACGAGGUGUGCGUGAAAAUGCUUGCAGCUCCCAUCAAUCCCGCCGAUAUCAACAGAAUAGAGGGAGUGUAUCCGGUACUGCCACCAACACCUGCAAUAGGGGGAUGGGAAGGUGUUGGAGAAAUACAUUCUGUGGGCUCUGCUGUUAUGGCUUUUUUCCCCUGGAGAUUUGGUUAUUCAUGCCGCUUAUCUUUCAGGUAAUUAUUCAAACUAUAG